AAAAAAAAAAUUUUAAAAAAUAAUAUAUCAUAUAGUAUAUAACAAUGUGUUUAAUCUUUUGCAAAUGUCAAAAACCAAUUGCUGAACCAGAGAUACGUGUUAUUUAGAAGUUUACACACCAAGCCUUUUUCAAAAAAAAAACCCAGCAAAAUCACGUUUGAAAUAUAAAGAAAUCAGUGAAUGCGAAAAGUAUCAAGAGAAUUCGUUAAUCGUUGCUUAUACAAUAAAAUAUAAUGAAAUAUAAAAAAAUAAUGCAAAGAAAGCCGUUCUGUUAUUGAUUAAAACUAACUUUGAACCGCAGUACUUUGGACAAAAUCACUCCUCCUCGUUGUUGCUGUGUGACGCCUGCUGUUAAAGUUUAAUAAAAAGUGCAAAAAUUAAAGUCAUUCAACCUUCUGUUUAAGUUUGCGUGUUUGCAGAACCACAACCAGCCAGCUAGCUAGCUAACUUCCAUCAUCCAAUCCAACACAAGACCAUUAUAUGAUUUUGCUUUGCUGUAACAAUACAACUUCGCUUGUGUGUAGAGUAAUUCUCUCUGUUUCUCGUUUCAUUUUUUAAAUUGUAAAACAAACAAAGUGCUAGAGGGGUAAAGAGAAAUUAUUAAGCACAGAACAAGAAGAAGUGAACCAAGAUCAAAGACAUUCAUCCAUGCAGUAUAAAGAUUUAGUGCUAAAAAUAAAUUUCUCAAUUUAAUAUAUAUAUAGAAGAGUUCAGCAUACAUAUAUAUAUAUUUGUUAAAUUGUUGCAAAAUGGAUUAUAUUGUUAAAGCAUACAAAGAUUGGAAAUUGCAUUCCCAGUUUCAUGAAAUUGUACCCGAUAUGGAUGAUGAAUUCGUGUUCGGUGAGAAGCAGUCAAUUCGAGAAUCAGCUCGAUCAUUAAAGAAGUAUGGCAGUACUUGUUGUAAUCAUAAUGUGCGAAGCAAUGAAGCCUUGAUACGUCAUGACAUUGAAAGGACAGAUACAUUGCAGGGUAUUGCUCUUAAAUACGGUUGCACUACUGAGCAAAUACGUCGCGUCAAUCGUCUAUUUGCUUCGGACAGUUUAUUUUUGCGACAAUUUCUACUGAUACCCGUUGACAAGACAUCAUCAUACUUCCCGAGUGUUACUAAUAAUAACAGUGAUGAGAACAAUUCAUUAGAUUCAAACAAUGCCACAGACUAUAGUUGCGGCGGUGAUCCACUCAACUGUACCUCUUCAUCACUAUCGUCAGAAUCCGCCUCAUCUUCAAGUACCUCUACAGAGAAUUGUUCGCAACCUGCCACCACUUUGCCAGCACGACCUUAUUCCAUAGCUGGCGAAACGCUUGCCCAGGUCGUUGCUGAGCAGCAACACAAUACAAACGGUAACAGUAAGCAAAGCAAAUCAUUGGAUUCGGUUGCUACCGUAACACCUGAGGAAGAAAAUCGUCGUUGCAUUAAUGAAUUUUUAAAUAAAAUCGAUAAUACAAUUUCCGAGUCGCGUAAAUAUGUGGAAAAGUCAAGAGAAAUGCUUUCGGUUAGCCAAAGUGAUGAUGCCCUUUUUGCCGCUACUGCCGUUUCAGUGCAACGCCAUCCUAAUCAUCUGAAUAAUUCGUAUCGAAAGCAAGCUUCUCAGCAAUCAUCAGCAACAGGGGCAACAGCAAAUGCCACAAGCCAUCAUCAUCAUAUACGGCACAGUUCGACAGGCAGCAGUAAUUCGGAUACCAUGCAGCUCUUAAAUACAACGCAAAUGCGUCGCGUACAGAAUUCUCUGAAACGUUUGGAAAAACAACAAGAUGAAUUUUUCGAGUUGUAGCAUACACUAAAUAAGAUGAUAGUAAAACUAAUUUAUGAUAUUAUGAUUCUUAGAGCAAACUUAUUAAUUUAAACAAAAAAAAUCCUGUUCUACUACGUAUGCAUGUGGUUAUGCUGAGCAUACCAGGCCGCGUGGUUUCUACACUAAAGACAAUCUUUACAAAUUUUAUUUUAUUAACUUCUUUGAGCUUUCGUUUCCGUAUAUACUACAUUCAUUCUUCUUAGGAGUUGAAAUUGAGAAAAAUAUGUUUUCCAUACAUUUAAUCAUUCUAUCUACGAGAAUUUAAAUAAUUCGAUUUUGUAAAAAAAAAAAAUUUUCUAAAGCUUUGGGUAUUAUUUUUAAAUUUUAUUUCUUAAGUUUAAAAUAUAAAUAAGUUUACUUUAGCAAAUUCUACUCAAUCUUUUAAAAACAAAGAUCAU